AUGUCGCAAACACCUUCUCCCGUUCCACCCAUUCUCUUACAUGAAUCAUUGUUACCGUAUCAGCAAAAUCAUCAUGUCAUUAUCGAUACGGAUCUUGGAUCCGAUGAUGUUUUUGCCAUCACCAAUUUGACAGCUGCCACUUUAAAAAAUCCAAAUAUGAAAAUUUGUGCAAUUAGUUUGGUGAAGGGGAUGCAACUUCAUUUGGAUCGUGGAAUUGACUUGAUUCAACGCAUGCAACAAUUUUCUAAUUUUUUACCUGCCAAUUGUCAAUUAUUUAUGGGAUCGAGUGAGAGAAUUUCUAAUGAAAAGAGUUCUCAUUGUUUUUCCGAAGCCAAAUGGUUUCAAGAUUAUGACUUUUAUAGAAUUCAUCGAGAUUUGGCAGAUUUAAUUCAAUUACCUAAAGUGAACACUGAACUUGGAUUAUUGCCAGUCAUUCCAGAAAAAGAGUAUGAAGAUGAAAUGAUAAAAUUAUUGGAACAAGCUCCUCAUGAUUCUUAUUACACAUGGUUCAGCAUUGGUCCAUUAACAAAUUUGGCAAAGUUAUGUAAAAAGAACUCGGAACUUGUGAAGAAAAAGCUGAAAAUGGUAAUCAUUAUGGGAGGAGCAUUGUUUGUGAAAGAACCUGAAAAUGAAAAGAAUGGAAGUGAAUGGAACUUUUUCUGCGAUGGUGAGGCUGCUAAAAUUGUGUUGGAGACCUUGUCAGAAAAAAUUCUUUUAUUUGAACUGUCAGUUGCCAAUUUAACAGUCGUGUCGCAAGACAAUUUAAAAGUCAUGCAAGAAAUUAUAUCAACUCCAUACGAGAAGUCAUUACCUCCAAUUGUUAAAAUCCGACAUGAAUUAUUAUUGGUCACUCUGGAAUCUACUUCGUACGACACUUCGACAUCAUGUGUCAUGUUUUGUCCAGAAUUGUUUACUUUUCAACAAGUGGAAAUUCAAGCAUUUGGACAAGAUCCAUUAGAAGGAGUCAUUCAAUUAGUAGCUCAGAAUGAGAACAAUGAUUAUUCUAAUAAUGGUCAUGAAGAAAAUUGUGAAAUUAUCAGAACAGAAUAUAGUUCAUCUAAAUCCAAUAGGAUUAAGAUAUGGUGCGCAACAUCCAUUCAUAAGGAACGAUUUUUUGAAAUUGUCAAGGAACGUUUAUUGGAUUUUUCAGAGUACUAUUAA